AUGGAUUUCGAUGAUUUAACAAGCCGCAAACGCAUGCGACUUGCCGACAACAUCGAAUCACCACCAUCGUCAGUUCUACCAACACCACCACUGCAAGACCUGCCACACAGCAACGGUGUCUACUCUCCACCAGAUCAACACUCGAUCGCUGAGCCGAUCGAGACUAUUGACAUGACAGGUAUUACACCCACCACGAUGACCCCAGCGCGAGAGGUCGUGAAGCACUUCUGCUCCUUGCAGUGCGCAUCUUGUGGUGCGGGCCUCACUACGAAUCACGACAAACUCAUCAGCAAGCAAUUCGCGCAAGAAAUUGGCGCCUGCCAACGCAAGCCUACGACUAUCUCCGCGCUCGUAGAUGCAGCGCAGUCUGUGGAUCCCGCCAUCCUCAUCGGCCUCCGAGUCGCGUGUGUCAAGUGCCACAAUACCCACACGUGCUUCGGAUGUGGCCGCCAAGUCGCACAAACGAGGAACGGCGCAGAAGGUGAUGGGAUUUCUUUGGCUUGGCACUGCGACAAGGCGCGAUUCAUGCUAAUAUGGUUCUUCCUGUAUGGGUACGACUGCACAGCAAAGCAUGAGAAUCCCAAAGCGAAGAAGGAGAGCACUCCAGUCAAGAAGAACGAUCGGAAGAGUGGCCGUGGUUCAGAUCGUGGUCGAGGAUCGUACUAUGGCAGAGGCGGUCGAGGAGGUGGCAAAAACGCUCGAGGAGGCGGCAAUCCUAAGGGUGUUGGCUACGGGGGCAACGAGUACUCGGAGGAGUAUGAUGAUGGUCUCGGAAGUGUGUUCGACGAGUAUCCAUCAGAGGACGAUGAUGACAUCUCAGUCCCCGAAGCCACAGAAUACAAAGCUGAACUGGAGCGUGAUCAACCGGAGCUGUGGGCCUCGUUACAGCAAUACAAAGCGAGCUCUGGACAACACCAGAACUAUCACAGCAUCAUCGGAAAGAUGCAGAACAAUCUAGGUGAUCAUUCAGCAAUACCCAACCCUAACUUUUCGAAAUCUGGAUUUGUUCUUGGAAGCAACCCCAGUAGCGCUCCACCACCGCCUCUGAGCCAUGACACGCCGACUGUUCUGCCCCCUAUCACCUCGCCUUUCUACCCGUACUCAUAUACCGUCCCACACUAUCCUCAACCACCGCCCCCUGGGAUUUUUUAUGGUCCACAACACACGCCAAAUGUCACCUUCCAUGGCCCUAACCACCCACAACAUCCUGGCGUUUGGUCGGACUCGCAGACUCCAGAGUAUUGGGGUGCAUACCCGGGGAUGCCGCCUCCGCCGCCGAAGCCUUCUACUGCGAAGAUCAUGGAAAGUGCGCAACUGAAGGAGGUCGCAAAACAGCAGUUGCAUGACGAACAGCAGACUUUUGAGAACGAGGUCAUGGCAAAGAUUCUGGCCGAGGACGCGGAACUAGACUUCUCAGACCCUCCUUCACACAUGCACGCCCCAUACUUCCGCAACCGCAACCAUCGCACGGCAGCGCCAAUCUUCGAAGAUGCUGAUGACGUACUCACGAGUCAACUUCUAGCUGUACUCGUGCUUCUCCUUCCGAAUACAGACAAACGAGAAGUGACAGCAUUCGAUCUUCAACCGCCGGACGGACUAAUAUCGAUUCUACAGCAAUCUUCUCUGCUCGAUAGAGUGGGUGAACUACUUCGUAACGACUCCGUGGAAGAUGCUGCUCGUCGUGGUGGUCUGUACGAGAUCGUGCUACGCUUUGUGAGGAUCAUCUCUUCUCAUCACAGCUUGAGACAAUCAUUGUUCGUCUCAAAACGUGCAAAGCGUGUCGGCAAUCUCACGAGCACUGCGACAACGUCGAGCACAGAUACUUCUCCAUCCUUGCUGUCUUGCAUGGAUGGCCUCGUCACCCAAGCACGAAUGAUCACGAAGCAAGCUGAGCGAGACCACUCGGACUUCGCCACCGAUGAGGGUCAGCGUCUCCUGUGGAUCGCGAACAGCAUCUGUGAGCUGGCGGGUUCCUUGGCACCGCCUUCAGAGACACAGUCUGCUCGGCCGACCACGAAGACAUCAACGGUUGAUCUCGCCGCAUGGUCGAGAGAGUUCGGAGUGCUCGAAAUUGCCGAUGACACUAUCAUCACAUCUCACACAUAUGGCAAGGAUGCCAGCAGGCUGGCAGAUACCGCUCCAGGUCGUAUGCGAGAGCUGCUGAAGGAGAUCACUCGUCUCAAGACUGGUCUACCACCUGGCAUCUAUCUUCGUUACGGAGAGUCUCGUAUGGACAUCAUGAAGGUUCUCAUUACUGGACCAGAAGACACGCCAUACGAGAACGGUCUAUGGGAGUUUGAUGUCUUUGCCGGUCCAAAUUUCCCGAAUGAGCCGCCGAAGGUGUACUUCCGCACGACUGGAGGAGGGACAGUGCGUGUGAACCCAAACCUCUACGAAGAUGGCAAAGUCUGCUUAUCGCUACUGGGUACAUGGUCCGGCGAGCCUUGGCGGCCUGGUCAGUCGACACUACUGCAAGUCCUGGUCAGUAUUCAAGCCAUGAUCUUCUGCGACGAACCACAUUGCAACGAGCCCAGCUACGAGAACGAGCGUGGAAGCGACAGAAGUCGUGACUACAAUCGACGUGUCUACAGCAUGACUGUCAAGCACGCUAUGCUCGAAUGGCUCAGCCCUGGCAUCAAGUUCGAUUCUUCGUACCGCAAUGGUAGGAUGCUGGGAGGUCCAGGUGGACAUCGGAAAGACGCGAAUGUCACGGCAAGCGAUGGGAUCUGGAAGGAUGUCGUCAGCAAGCAUUUUGAGGCGAACAAGGAGAAGAUUGUGAGUACGGUGGCGAAAUGGUGCGAGGAUAAGCCGGCACCGAGGCGUUAUAGCACGAGGAGUCGAGGUCAUUCCCAUGCUCAUGCUCAUGUUCACGGUCCCGGCCACAUCCUGGGUGGCCCCACCAUCGACUUCACCGGCGCUAUGCAGCACCCGCCACCUCCGAUGCCCCCACCUUAUCAUGGGUACCCUGCUAUGGCGGGCACGUACCAAGGGUACACUGCCCAGAGCACUAGCCCUCCUCCACAAGGUACCUUUACCUUUCCAUCGGCCUUGGGCUCUGCACAAAGCAUACGCCAAAGUCUACGAGAGCCUGCGAGCGUGCCUAAGGAGGUGAAGCAGACUACAGAGACAGAUAAGCCGGUCGAUCUUGUGGAGAGGUUGAAAGAGGCUGCUGUGGAGCUGACGAAGACUGCUGGACCUGUGAUGUGGUGA